AUGAUUCGUUUACUUUUACUAUUAAUAAAUAAAGUUAUAGCUGCUCGUGCUUUUUCGACAAUAGUAAAACUUCGUAAUCAUUGUGAACUUAAUUUUAAAUUUUCAAUAACAGAACAAAAGAAUAAAAAUAAAAUUUAUCUAGUUGAAUCUAGCCCAACAGCUAAUGAUCCAAUUGAAUUAUCAUAUGAAUUAGCUAAACGAAAUGUUUGA